AUGGCCUCAAGAGAGUUCGAGAUACUCUACAAGGAGACGCGACUUAAUUUAGAACCCACCUCACAAUCGACGACCAUCCAAAUCCGCGUCGCACCUCAAAGCGCUUAUGGACGGUCGAGCACAACUCGGAGCGGCAGCUCGGCCGACGACGAGAGGGGGUACCGGUCGAAGAGCCUAGCGACGGCAUCCUCGAUCUACUAUCGGAAACACCACCACUCCCCGCGGGGGUUCAUCUGGCGGGUCUUGGACAACGGCAACACUCUCAGUCUGCGCGUCGCCGAUGUUUGGAAACAGGAGAAGGAAUCCGAUGCGCCGCUCAUCCUGAACCUGCGGUUUCCGGCCGCCAUCCGGCCAUCGUGUGUUGGGUUUGUGGACUACGAAGACAGUGACGCGCUGUGUGUCUACGUUGUGGACCACGCCAACCAGCUCUGGUCGCUGGUUUUGCGGCCUGAUCAUUUUCGGAAAAGAGCCGCUACGGAGAGCGGGCUAGGUGAUGCUUGCAAAUCGUACUCGCCGCCGGGGUUUGGGUUUAAGCACCCGCACAGACUGGCUGUUGUCGGCCCGGACCAGCUGAUCAUUACCAUGCAUGAUGGCGGUAUCUUGAAGUUUGAGAGGAGUAAGGGUAUUGAGUCGAACGGGCCGUGGAAAGAAACGAUUUACAAUGUUGCCGGAUGGGGCCAGAGUCUUCGAGGACUGGUCCCCUUCCAGCGCAAUCCCACGAUUCGAUACGAGAAAAUCAACAUGGAGAUGACGGCAGCGGCUUCGACAGCGGUUACAUCGAUGGGUCACUCAGAAACGGCCUUUCUGUUCACCAUCUGCCUCGACCAUCGGAUGAGGGUAUGGGAUGUGCGAACAGGUCAGAUCCUGUAUACGGGCGACAUCUUGGACACAAGGCGCGACCCCCAGGACAUCGGGAAAUGGACCGUCGACCCUUCACAGAGCAACCUAAUUCGGAUUCUGGAAAACGGCCGUGGCCAGUGCCUGGUGGCGACAUAUUCCCCCGUGGGAGCUGGCGAGUUCAAGUUCUGGAAGGUCAAGGCUAACGACCAGGGCUCAGUACACGUUGCGGACUGCUUCCCGGAGGCACACCUGAACCCUCCAAGCCCAUCCUCGCUAGACGUGUGGACCCUCGCCGAUUUUACUCUGACGCAACUGGCGGACGGCCCCGAAUUGUGGACGAUGUGGAAGAACAACACGAGCUACCGUGUGCAUAGGCUGCUAGUACAGCCACAAAGUGCGACGGCGCCGUUUGACGAUGGCUGGAAGGCGGUGCACAUCGACACCAACAUCCCAGCGGUACGGGCAUCAGGCCCCUGGGACCCAACUGACUCGACGGAGAAGUGGCUUGAUCUGAUCUUCUUCCCCGGCCGCUUCUCGAAGUCAACACUGGAAACAGCGUUGGCGAUGUAUGAAAAAGGGCUGGGCACAUACAAAGAGACGUCCUCGAAAGCUGGCCGGAGCAUCGCAGAGUCGAUCUGUUCCGUCCUGGGAUCCACGACGUCGCUGGAGAAGACAUCGACGGGGACGGCGGACUACGACCAAUUCCGGAAUACCAGCGAAACUCAGUGGAUGCGCUUCUGGCGCCUUCUGCUUGAGCUUGACAAGCAGCGGGGCGAGGCACUCUCACUGGUGUUCGAUCCCCAGGACCGCAUGGUCUGGGUCACUUGCGCCGACCUGGUUGCUGCGAUACGACAAUGCAGUGAUCUAGACCGGGUGUAUCACAACCUGUCGUCCCCGGAAAAGAAGAACGAGGAUGUUGCCGCGCUGGUGUCUGCCGGUCUCACCUUUGUUGACGGCUUCUCCGAUAGCAUGCAUCAGUUGAGUCGAGCUGCCUUGAGGGCCGAAUUGUAUGAAGGUUCGGGCCACUCAGACACGGAACGGAUGCAGCUUUUCUUGGAUCGGGCCGGGUUUUGGCCCUCUGUUACGGACGAGGACUGUACCCAAGUUUUUGACACCCUCGGCCAGAACUACCAGAUGGUGACGGCCAGACUAUACGAGGACUUGUUUGAUCUCAUUACCGUAACGAGCGAGGCGAACUCCCAGGAGCUGCGAGAACCAUUCACAGGGUUUGGGCGCAAGGUGGUGGUUCGAGCUGUUCAGGAGACCAUCGAGCUUCACUGGCAGAUUCUGUUCAGCCAGUUAAUCCUCCUGGUGCACAUGGAGUUUGACCUCGACGGCGAGGACGCUUCGCCGUUGCACUCGCGGUUUGAAGUCGGUACUGUGUAUCGCCGUUUAAUUGAUUCUCUCCGGAGGCUCGAGCACUUACGGUGGAUGGCUAAGACGGAACUGAGCUUUGCACCACCAAAGUCGGGCAGCUCUGGCUCGUCACCUGCUUUGGCCAAGCGCAGCCAGGAUGAGAGCAAUACCAAGACGGCCCUCGAAGGGCUGUUGGGGCAUCUCUUUGGUCUUCCAGAGAGACUCAACACACCUUUGUCGUCUAGUAUCACGGAUCUGGUGCUGGAUCUCUGCGCCCCCAGCAGCACGACCGUGAUCUACACUUGGCUUCUCCAAUGCUCGCUUCUGAGGCAAGACCGGGCCGAUCUGGCGCUGGAACUGCACCGCUUCGCCGACCAAGAUGCCUUCUCUACCUACGUGCAAGGCCGUGUGUUCCUUGCGCUCCGCGACCACGACACAGCGUCGUAUUACUUCCGGAAGGCCGCGAUCGGCCUAAGCAUAUCCCUCAAGCACAUCGAACGGCACAGCGCUGGCCUUCUCGACGACACAGAAUGGAACCUCCUUAACAGCGGACUUCCAAACUACUACGCCCACAUCGUCAGCCUGUACGACCGACAAAAAGCGUACUCGUACGUCAUGGAGUUCGCCCGGCUCGCCCUCCAGUUUGUCCACCAGGGCAACAACAACAGCAGCAGCUUCGAGUCCUCGGGCACCACCAAGACUGAAAUGCUCAGCCGACUCUUCAGCGCAGCGACGGCCAUCUCACACUUUGAAGUGGCCCACACCGCCUUGCUCUCCAUGGGCGACGAGGCACUACAACGGUCCUACCUGCGUCGCCUCGUCGAGAAAAUGUGCGCAGCCGGCCAGAGUGCCGAGCUGAUCGCGCUGCCCUUCGCGGGCCUGCAGACCAAGGUCGACGACAUCCUCGUCAACAAGUGCCGCACCACCCGCGACGUCCUCGCCGGCGUGCCGUACCACCAGAUCCUGUAUGCCUGGCGUAUCAGCCACAACGACUAUCGCGGCGGGGCCGCCGUCCUGCUCGACCGCCUACAGAAACUGCGGCGCGCUGGGGAAGGUGACAAGGUUGGCAACGGUGCGAAUGCGGGUGCGGACGACGCCCUGGACACGCAGGUGACCAGACAGUACCUGCUUCUGAUCAACGCGCUGAGCUGUGUCCCGCCGCAGGAGGCAUACAUUCUCGAAGACCUCCUCCCCGGCGAUGAACACUACCCAGACAACACGACCAUCACCCACCAGCAGCACGACGACGAUCUCGAGGCGCAAAUCGACGAACUCGCCAAGAAACUCGAUGUCGACCCUACCGCCUCUUCUACCGCAGACAAGAAGCGCAGCCGUGACGACGCCGACGAUGACGGCGAUGAGGAAAUGAAGGACAGCAGCGGCUCGGCGAACGGUGACGACGCGGCGCUGCUAGAUAAGAUGAAGCGGUUUGCCUCGACAGCCCAAACCAAGGACUUACCGCCGCGACGGUUCCUGAUGCUGGCGGAUCUGCGGAAGCAGUACCAGCAGGAGCUGGAUCGGAUUGUGGCGAUUCAGAAUAAUCAAUUUGGGUUUACUGCUGAGGACGAUUUGAUGGAUUUGGCGUGA